CACCGGCAGGCCAUGCAGGCUGCAGGCCCGGCCCCUGCCGAACGGAGUUGCCUGCGGAGCGGUGGGAAGCUGGCAACUUCGUUUAGCGGAAGGGUGGGCCCGGGUGGGCCUGCUUGUUGUUCAUAACAGGGUGUAGGUCGAUGCCGGAGACCGCUUAGUUGCGAUUACGCGUUAAUGAUCGUCCAGGGCGCAGGGCACUCGCUCCCGGGGGGGACGCCGGAGCUAUUUGCGCGCACCGGUCUGCGCUGAGCCAUGAGUGCGUGCUCGCCGAGGCAAGCCAUGGCCAUGGUUGGCGGCAGCAGGAGGAGCUCUCAGACUCGGGUUUUAACAGAGAGUUUCGGAGUCGCGCACGGCAACAGUGCGCUCUAAUCUAAAACGGAAGUUUAAAAAUAACAAACUCACUGAUUUUUCAGUUUCCGAAAGGUUUUGAUUUGUCGAGCUGAUUGCGUGUUGCGUGCCUCCACGGCCUUUUAGGUAUGAGAAACUGUGAGAUCAGUUUCGAGCUCCCCUCCAUAUUUGAGAGGAAGCCCGGAACACCCUAUUCGAUGGAGUUUCGCAGACUCGUGGCCGUGUCAGUUGUAAAGCCAAGAUACUCUACUAGUUAACACUUAAAUCGCGUCAGAGCCAGCAUGUACCACCAGGUCCGGCACUUGGCCGUACUCAUCAAGGCCGUGGGCGGCUGGCCUAUUCGGGAAGAAGCUGGAGGAGGGUACGCGGCGGUGCCCCUGAGGUCGUGGCCGGCCUUCCGCUGCCUCUUCAUCGUCAUGCUCCUCGUCUCGAUGGCGUGCGCAGCGCUGCACAGGACUAUCAACGAAUACGCAGACGUCGAAUUCGUCGAAAGGGUCACCGGGAUAUUUCAUGUCCUCAUAGAGAUCUCUAUCCUCGUCGUACCCGUCUUUCACUGGCGCGCCGCCCACAAUCUCGCGUCAUACUUCAACGACUGGCGACAUUUUGAAGUUGAGUGGCGGGAGCUGACGGGGACGCCUCUUUUGCCCAUUCUGACCGGAGUCCGGACUGUGCGCGUUUGGGCUUCUCUAUGCUUCGCGUACGCCGUGCUUAGUAUUAUCUCAUCAAGCUUCUUGUCUCCGGAUCUGAAGCGGAACCAGUGGAAGACACCGCUCUACAUGGCUGUCCUACUGCACACAGUCAGCAUGGCUGCGUUGUGGUCCUUACUUAACUGCCAGGUGAUCCGGGUCUGCCGCGCGCUGCGACUUCACCUGCAGCAUGAGUUGAAGUCACGCACUGCCCUUGACGUUGAGAGGGUGAAACACUACUGCCUGGCGUGGCUGCACGUCCGAGACAUCUUCAGGUCUGUUAAGACCAGCUGGGGAUCUGUCAUGUCGCGCUGGUUUAUUGUGGUGCCGGGGUCAGCCUUGCUCGCGCUCUUCAUCUCCUUCGCCGCGCUCAUCAACGGACACUACCGACGAACCAUAACAACACUUUUCGUCAGCAUCACCAACGCGGCUUACGUUGUCCUAGUCUGUCUCUCCGCUGAGGCCGCAGAAAAAGAGUGCUGGCGUGGGAUCAGGCUGGAGCUACUUAAUCAUCCGGUCCACAAGAUCAGCGACAGAACAGUAACAGAGAUAUUCCACUUCCUUCGACGGAUUCAAAACGAUGACGUGAAGAUUCAUCUCAACGGCAACUUGGUCGUGAACAACAGCCUACCCGUGGCGAUCAUCAAGCUUAUGGUCACUUGGAUAGUCGUGUUGGCGCAGUUCGCACUCUCAAGAAAACAAAUGAACAUCGGUUGACUGCUCUUAUAGUAUCGUCAGCCAGGUUGGCUCGAGCCCCCACCUGCAGGUCAUAUAUGGUCGUCUUCCGAUCCUACGAUUUGGUUUUAAGAGCACCCUGGAAUAACUGUCUGAAGAAGAACGCGAUCGAAUCGAGCGAAAGUUUUCUUUGUCUCAACCAGAGAGAGGCAUUGCCACUCCUGCCCAACCCCGCCCCGUCGUGCCUGGUAAUUUUUAUUUCUAUGUAUAAAAUUAACCCCAAAUAUGUACGUGUGUGUGUGCGUGUGCGAUAUUAAAACAAAUAA